UAAGAGUUACAAAGUGAGCGAACAAAAACCCGAUCUUCAAAUCAACUUUCAAAAAUCUCCAAAAUGACCUCUACCGUCGUCAACUACCAACACCACCUCUUAUCGGACUCCGACACCGAUUCCGACAACGGCCACACCGAAUCAUUUCCCGACCUCUCUAACUCCAUUUUCAAACCCUACCUCGAAUCAGCGAAUAACCAAUUAUCAUUCGCCACGUCUUCAUCGCCAGACCUCUCAAAGAUCCAAUCCUUCCUCAACUCGUCCUCCUCCGGCGCUCUAUCAUGCCUUAUCUGCCUCGAACGCAUCAGACCCUCCGAUCCUACGUGGCACUGCUCCUCCCUCUGUUUCUCCCUCUUCCACCUCAUCUGCAUUCAAUCAUGGGCCCGUCAAUCCUCCGAUCUAUCCGCUGCACUCGCUGCUUCCCGCCUCCCUAUCACCGCCGAGAAAGCCGCUGAAUCCUCCACGUGGAACUGCCCAAAAUGCAGGUCUCAGUACUCAAAAUCAGAAAUUCCGAAACACUAUUUCUGCUUCUGUGGAAAAUUAAAGGAUCCUUACAGUGAAGAUCCGUGGAUUUUGCCACAUUCUUGUGGCGAAGUCUGUAACAGACCGUUGCAACACAAUUGUGGGCACUUUUGUUUACUGUUGUGUCACCCUGGUCCCUGCCCAUCUUGCCCGAAGUUAGUUAAAUCAUCUUGUUUUUGCGGCAAGGUUCACGAGGCUCGUCGCUGUGGAUUCAAAAACUUCUCGUGUAACAAAUCAUGUUCAAAACCGCUAGACUGUGGAUCCCACAAGUGCUUACAAAUAUGCCACGACGGCGCUUGUCCGCCGUGCAAGGCACGUGCAGUGUACAGAUGCCAAUGUGGUAGGGUUCAACAAGAGAGGGAGUGUUGUGAGAGGGAUUUUAGAUGUGAGAAAGAGUGUAAGAGAUUGCUAAGCUGUGGAAAGCAUGUUUGCGAGAAAGGUUGUCAUACGGGGGAGUGUGGGGAUUGUCCUCUGCAAGGGAAGAGGACAUGUCCUUGUGGAAAAAGAGAGUACGAGGGAAUGCCUUGUGAUGUUGUCGUGCCGAUGUGUGGGGCCACUUGUGAUAAGACAUUGAGCUGUGGCUUACAUCGCUGUCCUGAAAGGUGCCACCGCGGCCCCUGUAUUGAGACAUGUAGAAUUGUCAUUGCUAAGUUGUGCCGGUGUAGGAGCUUGAAGAAAGAGGUUCCUUGCUAUCAGGAUUUGGCAUGUGAAAGGAAGUGUCAAAGAAUGAGAGAUUGUGGACGUCAUGCUUGUAAGCGUCGUUGCUGUGAUGGGGACUGUCCACCUUGCUCAGAGUUUUGCGGCAAGAGGCUUCGAUGUAGGAACCACAAAUGUCCAUCCCCUUGUCAUCGUGGUCCCUGUGCUCCUUGUCCUCUGAUGGUGACUAUUUCAUGUGCUUGUGGGGAGACACGCUUUGAGGUUCCCUGUGGUACUGAAAUGGAUCAAAAGCCUCCUAAAUGUCGGAAAUCAUGCCAUAUAACUCCUUUAUGUAGGCAUGCAUCAAAUUGCAAGCCUCACAAAUGCCAUUAUGGAGCUUGUCCCGCCUGCCGGCUAAUUUGUGAAGAGGAAUACCCAUGUGGCCAUAAGUGUAAAUUAAGGUGCCAUGGCCCUAGACCUCCUCCUAAUCCAGAAUUCACGUUAAAACCAAAGAAAAAGAAAUCAAAUAAUCCCAGUGAACCUACUCCUGGUUCUCCGUGCCCUCCUUGCCCAGAGCUUGUUUGGAGGUCAUGUGUUGGUGAGCACAUGGGAGCAGAGAGGAUGAUGGUUUGCUCAAAUAGAGCACAGUUUUCCUGCGAAAAUUUGUGUGGGAAUCUUCUUCCUUGUGGCAAUCACUUUUGUACAAAAACUUGCCAUGCUCUGAAGAAUCAAUCUUCGUCAUCAUUUGAAGGGAGAAGCAGCAAAUUUUGUGAAGAUUGCAAUCUUCCUUGCCAGAAGGAGAGGAUGCCUGCUUGUCCACAUCCCUGUCCCCUGCGAUGUCAUCCAGGAGAAUGCCCCAAUUGCAAGGUCCUUAUAAAACGGUCUUGUCAUUGUGGUUCAAUGGUGCAUGUUUUUGAAUGCAUUUAUUACAAUACAUUGUCAGACAAGGAGCAAAUCACUGUUCGCUCAUGUGGUGGUCCCUGCCACAGAAAGUUACCCAACUGUACACAUCUAUGCCCAGAGAUUUGUCAUCCUGGUCAGUGUCCUUCGCCUGAAAAGUGCUGCAAAAAGAUUAAUGUUCGUUGUGCAUGUCAAACCUUAAAGAAGGAGUGGCAAUGUCAGGAUGUUCAAGCAGCCUAUCGCAAUACUGGUUGUGAUCCAAAAGAUAUAUCUAAAAAUCAGUUUGGAGUUGGACUUCUACCUUGCAAUUCUGACUGCAAGAGGAAAGUAAAAGUUGUUGAUUCCAUGUUACAGUCACGCAAGCCUAAAGUCUUGGAGGAAAAAGAACCAUCUACCGAGAAACACGUAGGAAAGCGCAGGAAAAAACGUGAUCGCGUUCAAGAAACAAAGCAAGCCUCAAGACUUCAGAAAAUUUUCACGACGGUGAAACGGGUGCUUCUGUUUCUCAUCAUUCUGGUAGCUGUAAUCGCUUCUUCAUAUUACGGUUACAAGGGUCUCUUGAAACUCUCGGAUUGGAUGAAUGAAGUCGAAGCACAAAGACAAAAAAGACACCCCCGAUUUUAAUAAUUUAGAUCAAAAAAAAAAAAAAAAAAAAAAGAGGUUAGAGCAUUAUACAUUUAUACUCCAAACUAGUAUACAUUUAUACUCCAAACAUAGUUUUUCAUAUAGGCAAGAAAAUUUUGUAGCUUUGUUCUCUAUUGUCUCCGAAAGUUUGUAGGCUUUCUGCGACUAUUCUUCAUUGAAUAUAGUUUUGCUAACGUUUCUUUUGAAUGCUUUUGAGGAGUGCUUUUAGAGAAAGCAAUUUUCUAUUUUAGUAA